AUGCCUCAGAACGAGUAUAUCGAGCGCUGGCAAAAGCAGCACGGCAAGCGCCUCGACCACGAGGAGCGAACCCGCAAGCGCCAAGCCCGUGAACACCACCAACAAUCCAAAGAUGCUCAGAACCUGCGCGGUCUGAGAGCCAAGCUCUACCAGCAGAAGCGCCAUGCCGAGAAGAUCCAGAUGAAGAAGCGCAUCAAGGCGCAGGAGGAGAAGAACGUCAAGUCCUCUGCCCCCGAAGAGCCCUCCAAGACACCCUUGCCGCAAUAUCUGUUGGACCGUUCCCAGGCUACCAAUGCGAAGGCCUUGUCGAGUGCUAUUAAGGAUAAGCGGAAUGAGAAGGCGGCUAAGUUUGCGGUGCCGUUGCCCAAAGUUAAGGGUAUUAGUGAGGAGGAAAUGUUCAAGGUCGUGAACACUGGUAAGAAGACGGCUAAGAAGUCUUGGAAGAGGAUGAUUACCAAGCCUACCUUUGUGGGCGGUGAUUUCACUCGGAGACCGGUCAAGUAUGAACGGUUUAUUCGGCCUAUGGGUUUGCGUUACAAGAAGGCCAACGUCACUCACCCCGAAAUGGCCGUCACCGUGCAAUUGCCCAUCCUCUCGGUCAAGAAGAACCCUCAGAACCCCCUGUACACACAACUCGGUGUCCUGACCAAGGGAACAAUUCUCGAGGUCAACGUUUCCGAGUUGGGUAUGGUCACCACCAACGGCAAGGUCGUCUGGGGUAAAUGGGCCCAGGUUACUAACAACCCGGAGAACGACGGUUGUGUCAACGCUGUCCUCCUCGUUUAA